GCGGCGCUGCUCGCCCCCUCGGCUUCACUCCCGCUAGCGCCUCAUGGCCGCCAAGAAACUGGUGGUCGUUUUUGGAGCCACAGGUGCCCAGGGGGGCUCAGUGGCCCGCACGCUUCUGGAAGAUGGGAUGUUCAGGGUUCGAGUGGUGACCCGGGAUCCUGGGCAGAGGGCAGCAAAGGAGCUGAGGAUGCAAGGUGCUGAAGUGGUAAAAGGAGAUCAGAAUGACGAGGCCAGCAUGGAGCUGGCCCUGACUGGGGCUCAUGCCACCUUCAUUGUGACCAACUACUGGGAGAACUGCAGCCAGGAGAAGGAGGUCAAGCAGGGAAAGCUGCUGGCUGAUCUGGCCAAGCGCCUGGGCCUCUGCUACGUGGUCUACAGUGGCCUGGAGAACAUCAGGAAGCUGACGGCUGGGAGGCUGGCAGCAGGCCACUUUGACGGCAAAGGGGAGGUGGAGGAGUACUUCCGAGACAUUGGCGUUCCCAUGACCAGUGUGCGGCUGCCCUGCUAUUUUGAGAACCUCCUCUCCUACUUUUUGCCUCAGAAAGCCCCAGAUGGGAAGAGCUAUCUGCUGAACUUGCCCAUGGGUGACAUCCCCAUGGAUGGUAUGGCUGUGAGUGACCUGGGUCCUGUGGUGCUCAGCCUGCUGAAGAUGCCAGAAGCAUAUAUCGGGCAGAACAUCGGACUCAGCACCUGCAGACACACCGCAGAGGAGUAUGCCGCCCUGCUCACCAAGCACACAGGCAAGACUGUGUACCAUGCCAAGACAACUCCUGAAGACUACGAGAGGCUUGGCUUUCCUGGGGCCCGUGACCUGGCCAACAUGUUCCGUUUCUACUCUCUAAAACCUGACCGAAACAUUGAGCUGACCCUGCAGCUCAACCCCAAGGCCCGGACGCUGGAUCAGUGGCUGGAGCAGCACAAAGGGGACUUCACCCAGCUGUGACCUACCCACUUUGCAGCCCCAAGUCACGAGAUGGGAGGCCCAAAGGCACAAUAAUUUCUUGUGCACAAAAUAUUUUUUUCAAUAAAACCACUGUUUUCACAGAUGGCUUCCAAAAGAAAAA